AUGACAAUCACUUACAGUCAAGAUGUCGCCGAAGUCAAAUUCAUGGGUUUUGGAAAGCUACUCUUCAAGUGGAGAGGAAGCGUUUACAAGCUAUUUUGGAGGGAGCUGCUCACGUGGCUGGGAAUUUAUUACUCGAUCGCGAUGGUGAACAAAAUGGCCCUGUGCAAAUAUCCGAGUCUUCGCGGUGUAUUCGAGGACUUUUGCGUGGAAGUAAACGAGUUCUCCAAUUAUGUGCCGCUCAGUUUCAUUCUUGGCUUCUUCGUUUCGGUCGUCAUUGGAAGGUGGUGGAAUCAGUACAUGAAUAUUCCUUGGCCUGAUAGAAAUAUGCUUUUUAUCAGUUUAUACUUGAGGCAUCACGUCACAGAUAAAGACUCAGACGGCUCGUGCCGUAAAAAAGAAUGUCAGAAAUGCAAGAAGGCCGUCAGUUAUCGUCGAAAACUCGUGAGAUGGCUGAACCUGGCAGCGAUACUGACGUUUCGUGACGUAGGAAAGGUUCUCAUCGAUAACUCAACGCAUUUACUCAAAUUGAAAACUCGAUUUCCCACAAUCGAACACGUGUACUCUGCCGGUUUUAUGACAGAGUCGGAGCGAGAAACCUACGAUUCAAUUGAAACCACUCAACUGAAAUACUGGAUUCCCUUCACUUGGUACAUCAACACGCUGAAUCGUGCCCGAAAAGAAGGCCUAAUAUCUAGCGAUAUUACUUUGGACAGGCUUGUGAAUGAGAUGCAAGGCUAUCGAGGCAAUUUGGGAAUGCUUCAAAGUUAUGAUUGGAUUUGUAUACCACUUGUUUACACGCAAGUGGUCUGCGUGGCGGUCUAUGGAUACUUCGUGCUUGCCCUUUUUGGCCGCCAGAAAAUGCUCGGCACAGAGGAUUGUUCUCCACUGAAUACGACCAGAGUUUCAGACUCGGACGAGCAUUUCUAUGGAAUCCUACCGAUUUAUACGCUGCUAGAAUUCUUUUUCUACAUGGGAUGGAUGAAGGUCGCAGAGCAGCUGAUCAAUCCUUUCGGAAUGGACGACGAAGAUUAUGAAGUGAACAUGAUUAUCGAUAGAAACUUGGAAGUAUCUUUCCUCGCCGUCGAUACCCUUCAUAAUGUCUCACCCACCGAUUCCGACGACGAAGAUAUUUGGGUUGGAAAGACUUUCGCCGAAGCUCCAUACACUGAAGACGCGCUAGAACACAAGAAAGAGCCAUUCCUCGGAUCGACGGCGAAUAUUGGUGUGAAGCCAGAUGCAGACUUUGUGCCCCUAGAGUCCGUGCUCGAUUUAAACGAAGGAGACAUUGGAAAUAGUCGCUCGCAUCUUCUGGCGGGGCAUCUGGAGUCAAAUCAUCUAAUGUCGAAAAUGUCUAUUCGUUCACGCGGCUCAGAGCGGAAUCAGCGUCGUAGAUUGCUGAGCUACGCUGAGUCCAAUAGAAGCGACGGUUCUGAAUCGUUUAUUGGCAGCAGUAGGAUCAUCAAUCCGUACCGAGAACGCGGUGGGCCCAAUGAGUUCGUCCACCAGCACUCGUUUAGAAAAGGAGAUAGAUUCGGUUCUGCAAGAUCUGAAGGCGAUAGCCAUGUGGAUGAGCACGAGUUCCAAGCAUCGCAAAACAAUCGUGAAUCAAUGAACUUGGAUCUCAAGUCCGAAAAGCAGCCGAGCAAUGCUGAUUCUGCCCUAGGUUCGCCCGUUGAACCAGUUUCGAACCGCGUCGUCACGCUCUGCGACGGGCAGACAAGAGAAGUGCCAGCGCCGCCGACAAUCACCACAGUACUGAACAAUCCAAAUGACCCAGCGGUUUCUUCCGGCGACCUCGUCAACUCAAGAAACUUGAGCGCGGUCGAAGAGCAAACAGAACCUUCCUCGCAGCCUUCUAGCGACGAUUUAGACGAGCCAAAGAUGAGUCCGAUUCAAAACAACUGGCGUGUGAGCUGA